AUGCUGUAGCAGAGACCAUGGCAGUGGAGGAGGAUUUCCAGACAGUUCCGGCACAAAUUCCAGAUCCAUUGGAGGAUAGCGAAGGUCCAAGGUGUCAGAAGUGUGACACACCAGUGGAAGCUGACCAAAUGGUCUUGAAGCACUUGACAAAAGGCCCACGGAACAAGGUUCUGUGCAAAAGCUGCCGCGCCGUGCAAACAAUGAUGGCUAGAUCAUUUGAUGGCAUGCCAGCCGGAUGGGACACGCUCUCCCACGAGGAAAGCGUCAACUUCUACAAGGCCAUGUUGGAGAAGAAAGGCGAUGGUCCUUUGCGUUUUCAGCUUUUGCGCGCCGAGAUGAAGGCCUGCCUUGUUCACCGUCACAUGGAGGAGACGAAGCGAGGCUUCAACGGAGAGUUCCAUCCCCUUGGCUAUUGGCAGCAGCGUGGCUACGACGUGACCAAGAUCGAGGCCCUUGCAGAGUCCAUGGAGCAUCCAGUGCUAGGCCGCACAUAUCGUGUGGACAUAUUUCACGUGUCCACCGACACCAUCUUUCAGAAGGUCGAGGAGGCCCUCCAAUUGGUCGACAAGGCUGCCAAGCGCAAGCGGAUCCCCAAGGCCAAGGUGGAAGUCGUUGGUGGGAAAGGUUUGACUGAGAAGCAGCUUGCGGCUCUGAAGAAAAGGGAAGCUGCAAAAGCAGCAAAGAAGGCCAGUGCCGAGGCAGCAAAAAACACCAAGGUUGCCACCACUUUGGCUAGCAAGGCCCUGACAUGCUUGCAGCCUGUGUUGGACAGGAUGCAGAAGGCCAAGAAGGGUCUGAAGGAGGGCGAUGCUGAUGCGGCAACCCUGGAGCAAAUGGAGGAGAAGCUGAGCCUGGCUGAGACUGUGGUGUCACAGAUUGAAAUCACUUCGGACAAGGCAUUGGCUGCCGAGAUCAAGUCCAUGAACAACGUGAUCAAGUCCAUCAACUUGGCAGAUCUGGCAAAUGGAUUUUCGGCACUGUACCAAUAUGAUAAGGAGCAACGGGGUUACGUGGCCAACUUUGAGCUCGAGAACUUGAAGGAAACCUGUGUAUGGCUUGUCGAUUUCUACACGGAGAGUUGGUCGAAAGCAGAACUUCUGAGCAAGGCUAUUUUGUGUCUAGCCUGUUUGCGGUGCCAUUUCGAAUUUGAUGUGGCCUUGGAUGAGGAGGCCUACUCAGGCUAUGUGAAAUUUGGAGACCCACCAGGGCGCAGCGUACAACAGAAGAUUGCAGCAUAUUCCCAAGCACAUGGUCGCUGUGUUGCCCUGAAGCGAAGUGAGGUGAGCCAAUGCGUGGGCUACUUGGGGACGGUGCAGCAAUUCUUCAGGGUGCACGAGAACAAGGCAUUCUUCGAUGCGCUAUGGCCUGUUCAACAACUACUCUCUGAG